UUCUUGACUGAAGUGAUUAUAUAAUAUACUCCGAUCCUUUCUGGUUGUCCGAGUAAGCUUGGAGUAUACAGCCAUGGCUUCAGCGUUAUCAAUGAAGGAUGAAGGUGGGCAGUACAAUGGCAGGAUCACCUCAAUCAUUCUUUUCUCUUGCUUAAUGGCUGCCACAGGAGGCUUCAUCUUUGGUUAUGAUCUUGGAAUAUCAGGUGGGGUUACCUCCAUGACACCAUUUCUCAGAGAGUUCUUCCCAGAUGUGUACAGAAGGAUGAAAGAAGACAAAAAGAUUAGCAAUUACUGCAAAUUUGAUAGCCAACUACUCACCUUAUUUACAUCUUCACUCUACAUAGCUGGUCUCAUUGCUUCCUUCUUUGCAUCACCAGUUACUAGAGCUUUUGGACGCAAGAUGUCAAUCCUUGUUGGAGGGGUAGCAUUUCUGGCUGGUUCAGCACUCGGCGGUGCUGCUUUGAACUUGUAUAUGCUGAUAUUCGGCCGUGUCUUGCUUGGUGUUGGGCUUGGAUUCGCAAACCAGUCAGUUCCAUUAUAUAUCUCUGAAAUGGCACUACCGCAACACAGAGGAAAAAUGAACAUUGGCUUUGAGCUAGGUGUAGGCAUUGGUAUACUUAUAGCUAACAUCACCAAUUAUGCCACUCAAAAGAUCAGGGGUGGAUGGGGUUGGCGCAUCUCCUUAGCUAUGCCAGCAGUGCCAGCAGUGAUCCUAACACUAUUUGCACUCGCUCUUCCAGAAACACCCAACAAUCUGAUCCAUAACUGCAAGAACCACCAGAAAGCUAAGAUGGUGCUACAGAAUGUACGAGGCAUUACUGAUGUUGAGGCAGAAUUUAAUGAUCUCAUUAGAGCAAGCACAGUCUCAGAAGUCAUCAAUCAUCCAUUUAAGAACAUCAUGAAAAGAAAGAACCGGCCUCAACUAGUAAUGGCAGUCGCCAUACCGUUUUUCCAACAAGUGACGGGAAUCAAUGUCAUUGCAUUUUAUGCUCCAAUCUUAUUCAGGACAAUUGGUGAAGGAGAAAGUGCUUCACUCAUGUCUGCAGUUGUCAUUCCUCUUGUCAGUACUACCUUCAUAAUCAUAUCUAUGCUGACAGUUGAUAGAAUUGGCCGAAAAGCAUUGUUUAUGAUUGGGGGAACUCUAAUGUUUCUGUCUCAAAUAGUGGUUGGAGGAAUAAUGGCUGCUUUGUUGGGGGAUCAUGGUGGCCUAGCAAAACUAUAUGUUUACUUGGUUUUGGUUUUUAUAUGUAUAUACGUAGCUGGCUUUGCAUUGUCAUGGGGUCCCUUGGGUUGGUUAGUCCCCAGUGAGAUUUAUCCACUAGAAAUUCGAUCAGUAGGCCAAAGUAUUACAGUUGCUGUAGGCUUCCUCCUAUGUUUCAUUGUUGGACAAACUUUUCUAGCCAUGCUGUGCCAGUUCAAGUCAGGGACUUUCUUCUUUUUUGCUGGAUGGUUGGCUGCGAUGACUGCGUUUGUGCAUUUCUUAUUACCAGAGACUAAGAAUGUUCCAAUUGAGCAGAUGGAGAAAGUAUGGAGGCAGCAUUGGUUUUGGAAAAGAAUUGUUGGAGAAGUGGAUGAAGAGUAAUAUCAAGUUUAAAUGAGAUUUCUAUGUUCUUUCCUCACAAGAAAAUAGAGUUUGAAAUGGUUUAUAACUUGUCUAGAAGUAGAAGUAGAAGUAACUGUAAGCAGCAGUAACCGACAUGAUCCUUCCAAUGCUGCAAGAUGAUGUGCUAGGAUUGUAUGUGCUUGAUUUGAAGCUCACGUUAAGUGACUUGGUUUUAGGUAGUAAGGAUUGACUCCGUUUAUAUGUUUUUUUAGUCUGGAAUAGUAAUUAGUAAGGAUAACGAUACAUGUAUUCUGCAAAAUUACAUACACUAUGAAAAAUAACAUGUAUCAUAUUUG